AUGGCGGAUUUAAAGUCGCCGCCUUUUAGUGAAAUCAAGAGACCAGAGGAAGUCGUCAGGAUGACGACCAACGACAGCCUGAAAUUUGCAGUCCUUAUCGGCUUGAUUGAAGUCGGACAGGUGACCAACCGAGAGGUGGUGAACACCGUCUUGCAUUUGGAGAUGAGGUAUCGUGCGUUCUUGACCGCGACCUUGCCUACACCAGCCCGCGACCCAUCUUAUUCUCUGUUCACUGCUGCUAUUGAUGAAAACUAUCUGCCGUACUGGCAUUCGCGGCCGUCGAUGUAUUUGCAUCGCGAGCAGAAUAUCGCUCCGCAAGUGGUA